UUAGAUCUUUCCCGAAGAAGAAGACGAAGAAGACGAAGAAGAAGAAGAGAAAUGAGGCCGAUGCAGAUGGAUAUGUUGGCGGAGAUGGAUGAUGCAGGCUCCUCGAUGGCCAUGGACGUUGAUGACCUCGAAGCUAUGGAGAUUCUCAACGAAGGAGGACUUAUCUCAGAGAACAAGCUCGUCGACGCCGAUUUCUUCAACAAAUUCGAGGAUGAUUUCGAUGACACUGAUAUCAAUUGAAUCUGGUUUAAUCUCUUCUCUAAGAUUUCAGUUCUUUAUCCCUAAUCUUGAAUCUGUGGAGGAAUCGAUGUAGUAAGGUGUGAUAAUGUAACAGUUUCGUUUCGAUUUCAUUUGGAUACUUAAGCUCAUGAUUUUAGUAUGAUUUGGGUUUUAUUGUGAUUUCUCUGAUUGUUAA